AUGAAUAAAAUUCAUUCAAAUAUUGAUUUAAAACAAUUAGAAUUAUUAGAACGUCAAUUUAUAUUAGAUUGUAUUGCUGUUAGACAAAUAUGUGAUGAUUAUUCAAUAACAAAUCCAAAACAUGGAUCUAUUAUACCACCAUAUAAUGGACAAUUAGAUCCAUAUGCUAAAUCAUAUUUUGAAUCAUUUAAUAUUCAAAAAUUAUUAGAAAAAACUGGUCAGACACCACCUGGAACAUCAAUUGAAGGUGAAAUAGCUGAUAGAUUUAUCAUCAAUGGUGCACCAGCGGAUUAUAUUCAACGACGUAAUAAAAAUGGUUGUGGACAUUCAAAAGAAAUAUGGGGUGGACAUUGAAAUUCAAUAGUAACCUAACAUGAAUAGUAAAUAAAGUAGACCAUAACUUUAUAUUUCAUUCCUAUUACAACUAAUAUUAUUAUUAUAUAAGAAAGAUUUUAGUAUUUCUAUGUGAAAUAUGACUUUGUAUGUAUAAUGUACUAUAGCAUUAUAAUGAUAAGUAUAUUAGCUAAUUAAUACUAAACAUAUUUAUUUCUCUGAGAAUAGAUAUUUAUGAAUGAAUAAAAUGUAUGCAGUGAAAUUCAAUGUUAUUAAUAUCAGAAAGGGUUUUGUGGAU